AUGUCGCAUAGUGGAGCCGGCACUGAGCGGCGCCGGCAGGCGUCAGAGGCGGACGCCGCGGAAACAACCUUCCGGGCGAGCGAGCAUCAGCAUAUUCGCUACAACCCGCUGCAAGAUGAGUGGGUGCUGGUGUCAGCUCACCGCAUGAAGCGGCCCUGGCAGGGACAAGUGGAACCCCCACUUCUGGAGACAGUGCCCCGCCAUGACCCCGACAACCCUCUAUGUCCUGGGGCUACACGAGCCAACGGGGAGGUGAAUCCCCACUAUGAGGGCACCUUCCUGUUUGACAAUGACUUCCCAGCUCUGCAGCCUGAUGCCCCCAAUCCAGGACUCAGUGAUCACCCCCUUUUCCGAGCAAAGGCUGCCCGAGGAGUUUGUAAAGUCAUGUGCUUCCACCCCUGGUCGGACGUGACGCUGCCACUCAUGUCAGUCCCUGAGAUCCGUGCUGUCAUCGAUGCAUGGGCCUCUGUCACAGAGGAGCUGGGGGCCCAGUACCCUUGGGUGCAGGAACGUCUGGUCCUAACCAGUGAGCACUGGUUAGUGCUGGUUCCCUUCUGGGCAGUGUGGCCCUUCCAGACACUGCUGUUGCCCCGUCGGCAUGUGUGUUGGCUGCCUGAGCUGACCCCCUCUGAGCGUGAUGAUCUGGCCUCUGUCAUGAAGAAGCUCUUGACCAAGUACGACAACCUAUUUGAAACUUCCUUUCCCUACUCCAUGGGCUGGCAUGGGGCCCCCACAGGAUCAGAGGCCAAGGCUGACUGGGAUCACUGGCAGCUGCAUGCUCAUUACUACCCCCCACUCCUGCGCUCUGCCACUGUCCGGAAAUUCAUGGUUGGCUACGAAAUGCUGGCCCAGGCUCAGAGGGACCUAACCCCUGAACAGGCUGCAGAGAGACUAAGGAUGCUUCCUGAGGUUCAUUACCGUCUAGGGCAGAAGGACAGGGAGACAGCAGCCAUUGCCUGA